AUGCCAAACAUUGUCGUCCUCGGGCAGAAAGGCAAUGUCGUGACGGUGGUGGCAAAACACAUGCCCGGCGAUUAUGACAUCGAGUACACGUCGCCGUGGGCCGGCGCCAACGUGCUGCCAAUGAGCCUUGACAAGGACAGCCGCUGGGAACGGCGCACAUGGCCCGAACUACGACGCCUGGCCGCCGAGGUCCCGGAAGCCGGGCUCCACGUGCAGACCGCGCGCGUCCUCCGGCGCCAAGCCGACGUGACGCCCGAAGGCCUCAAAAGUGCCAUGGUCGACGGCCUCUACCAGUUCUCACCUUGGUACCAAGAGCUGAUGGACGACUUCCGCGAGCUGCCGGCGGCGGAGCUGCCCGAAGGCAUGCACUCCGGGUGCGAGUUCACGUCGGUGUGCAUCAACACGGCCAUCUACCUGCCCUGGCUGGUGGGCCAGUGCGCGCGGCUCGGCGUGCGCUUCCGUCGCGCCGUGCUCAAGCAUAUCUCUGAGGCGGCGGCGCUGAGCCAUACCGGGGAGAGGGCUGAUCUGGUGGUUAAUGCGUCGGGGUUGUUGGCGUGCCGGUUGGGUGGGGUGAUGGAUGCUACGGUGAUUCCCGCGCGCGGGCAGAUUGUGUUGGUGAGGAACGAGGCGGCUGGGAUUAUGCCUACGACGAGCGGAUGUGCGGAUGGGGAUGAUGAGGUUGUGUAUGUGAUGCAGCGGGCGCUGGGGGGCGGGACGGUGCUGGGGGGCACGUAUAUGAGGGGGAACUGGGAAGCUAACCCGGAUCCGAACAUGGCAAUGAGGAUUAUGAGGCGGGCGGUGGAGAUGCACCCGGAGUUGACGGGCGGUAAGGGGGUGGAGGGGUUGGAUAUUAUUCGGCAUGGUGUCGGCCUACGACCGUUGAGAAAGGGCGGGGUAAGGAUUGAGAAAGAACUGAUUGAUGGGACGUGGGUUGUGCAUAAUUAUGGGCAUGCUGGCUGGGGAUACCAGGGGAGUUUUGGGUGUGCUGAGAGGGUGGUGGAGCUGGUGGAUGAGGUUCUGGGGAAGGCGAAGCGCGAGUCAAAAUUGUAG